UCAUCCGGCCGCUGCGUCGCUGCUGCUGAAGGGGAUCAGACCUGAACCCGAGCUGACAGCCUCUCCACGGGGGUUGAAAUGUGCUGAAGGAACAUUAAGCUGUCUUGCGGAAGGAAGAGCAGUCUCUGUCACAUUCACGAGCAGAAUAAUUUCCCAGUAGACCUUCCAGACCAGUGACUGUCGCCAUGUUGUCCAGGCUGAGGACAACCUGUUCCCUGAGACCUUGCGUCUCCGUCUGCAGAUGGGCACACACCAAAGAAAAGGGCAAGCCCCUCAUGCUCAACCCUCGCACCAACAAGGGUAUGGCCUUCACCCUUAAGGAGCGACAGAUAUUAGGAAUACAUGGUCUGUUGCCCCCCAAAGUGGAGACUCAGGACAAUCAGGCGAUGCGCUUUCAGAAAAAUCUUAAGAAGAUGACUGAUCCCCUACAGAAGUACAUCUACCUGAUGGGUAUCCAGGAAAGGAAUGAGAGGCUUUUCUAUCGGGUGCUGAUGGAAGACAUAGAUGAGUUAAUGCCAAUAGUCUACACUCCAACCGUAGGCCUGGCCUGCACGCAGUAUGGACACAUAUUCAGAAGACCCAAAGGCUUGUUCAUCUCUAUUCAGGACAGAGGACACGUACGCUCCGUCCUGGACAACUGGCCAGAGACAAAUGUAUCAGCAGUAGUAGUGACUGACGGAGAGCGUAUCUUAGGCUUGGGGGACCUGGGUGUUUAUGGAAUGGGUAUACCUGUGGGAAAGCUUUGCCUGUACACUGCCUGUGCUGGCAUUAGACCAGAGAAAUGUCUACCCGUGGUCAUAGAUGUUGGCACAAACAAUGAGACUCUCCUCAGAGAUCCAUUUUACAUGGGUCUGUAUCAGAAGCGAGACCGCUCUCAAGCCUAUGACGAUCUGAUUGAUGAGUUCAUGGAGGCUGUGGUGGAUAAAUAUGGCCAGGACACACUGAUCCAGUUUGAGGACUUUGGGAACCACAAUGCAUUCCGCUUAAUCAGGAAGUACAGGGAGAAAUACUGUACUUUCAACGAUGAUAUCCAAGGCACUGCAGCUGUAGCGCUCGCUGGUCUGUUAGCAGCUCGGAGAGCCAUUGGCAAACCCAUCACUGAACACCGCAUGCUGUUUCUGGGAGCGGGAGAGGCUGCCCUUGGUAUUGCUAAUCUGAUUGUAAUGGCCAUGAUGGAAGAGGGGCUGACCCAAGCGGAGGCAAGAGAAAAGAUCUGGAUGUUUGAUGCCCAUGGUUUACUCGUGAAGGGCAGACCACAGACACCAGACGUUAACCAGGAGGCAUUCCUCCAUGACAGUCCAGGGGAUGUACGGAGUUUCCUAGAUGCUGUCAACACUAUAAAACCCACAGCCAUCGUUGGUGUGGCAGGAGCUGGACGUCUGUUUACUCAGGAUGUCCUCAAGGCCAUGGGAACUCUAAACGAACGACCAAUCAUCUUUGCCCUGAGUAACCCGACUAAUAAAGCAGAAUGCACAGCAGAGGAAGCCUACACACUAACUGAUGGCCGGUGUCUUUUUGCAAGUGGGAGUCCAUUUGGUCCAGUUACUCUGAGCGAUGGCCGGGUCUUUACCCCAGGACAAGGAAACAAUGCCUACAUCUUUCCAGGUGUGGCCUUGGCUGUGAUCCUGAGUGGAGUUAGACACAUCAGUGAUACAGUAUUCUUAGAGGCUGCUAAGACUCUUGCUGAGCAGCUGACGGAUAAAGAGUUAGAAGAGGGCCGACUCUAUCCUCCCCUCUCAAACAUCAGAGAGGUUUCUGUCCAGAUGGCCAUCAAGGUGGUAGAGUACGUCUAUGCCAAAGGUAUGGCGUUCCGCUACCCUGAGCCUAUGGACAAAAACGCCUUCGUACGUGCCACCGCGUGGGACACAAGCUACGACUCCUUCCUGCCAGACACCUAUGACUGGCCAGGUGUCAGCUUCAGCCCCAAGACUGACUAAGAAGUAGAACAGACCCUCACCGUGACCUGUGUUGAAAUUACCCUCCUCCUAGUUUGUUUUUUUCCACCUUAAUUUUGAUCACUUUAAGAUUUGUUACCUCAGUGUAAAUGUGCCUAUACUAAAGUUCUGCAGGGGGCUUUUUUCAUGCUUCUGUGCCAGUGCAUUUUCACUGAUGAGUUCAUGAUUUGAUCUGAAAAUUAGAGUGGAAAGAAACACUUGGAAGAGGAGACUAUCUGUGUGGAAGAGCUGCUCUCUUGUGCAGACACAGAGGGCCACCUGGUGGUGAAGAUGGGCAAUGUGGUAAUCUGGUUUCAGUGGAAAGGUUAUGGUACUGUACUUUUCAUAUAUAUUCUAUCCUGCUUAACCCCCAUAGCUUAAAUUGCAAAUUUGAUGGUUCUGCAUUAUAAAACAAACUGAGAAAAUUAUCCCACUGCUAUAUAUAUAUAUAUAUAUAUAUAUAUAUAUAUAUAUAUAUAUAUAUAUAUAUA